CAAACUUAAAAAAAAAAUAAAAAAAACCCUACCCAGAUUUAAAGUUAAGUUCGGAUGACAUAGGAUAUUAUUUAUCAGGAACGAAGGUGCUAGUCGGAGGGUUAGUAUUUCAAUCUUUGAUAACUUAAUAAUAUUCAUUCGAAUAGUUAGAGAACAUGUCACCAAAAUAAACUAAAUUGAGGUUAGACGCAGAGCCAGGCACAACUGCAGAUAUCAAGGAAAGGGUACAAAUCAGAUCAGAUGCUACAACAGUUCCAAAACUUAGACAGAAGACAUGGAACCAAGCUGAGAAACUGUGGGAACAGUGGCAAACAAGAGGACUGUUUCCAGCAGAUGAUCAACCUGGACCAACAAAAGCCCAUAGAAGAGCAGUACUCGACUAUGAGCACGAACAAUGCCUACAACAGCUAACUAUAUGGAGAGAAGCUGAAGAAAGAUUUAUAAGAGUUACAAGUCUGAUACUCCAUCUGGAAUAUGCCAGCCUAUUGGCAGACAGCAUACAUAUGGUCCAAGUAGCAGAUCUGGCAGUGAGGGAAGACAUAGCUCCAGUUAUCCAAACUCCGAAGCUGUAUCUAAGCCUGGCCGAAGUCCCUCCUCCCUCCCCGAAUGUUGGUUCUAUAGGAGAAGUCUUGCAGUUGGAUGGAGUCUCCACGGACAAACAUCUCAAAGAAUUGGAGUAUGAAGUAAAAGUGCUAACCAGUAAAUCAAAACACCUGAUGGAAGAGAACAUACGAUUAGAAGAAAUCACAGAAGAAAGACAAACACAAAAGACAGAAAUGGAAGCACUACAACUGAGACUCUUGAAGAUGCAAAUAGCUGAGAAAGAUACCGAAGCUAAUAAAAACAAGAAAGCGGCAAGGCAAAUGGCAGCUACAUCAGGGAUGGCCAUAGAACCAGAGAAGGCAGGUCAGACACCUCCAACAAUUCAAGCUCAGGAAGUGCCAGAGAUUCAGGUGCAGAAUCAACAAAGAGGGGGAGGAGGUUUCCGAGAAAGACAAAGUGGCAGAGAAGGAGGGCGUUUCCAAGGAGGUAAUCGAUCAACAGGACAAGGUUUCCAAGGUGAAGGAUGCUCCAUAUGUGGUCAGCUGACACAUUGGUCCAGAGAGUGUCCGCAGAACAUUGCACCAAACAACGGCCCUCCAUGCAGUUACCCCGGGUAGGUUUCCAUGAUGACAACGGAGGCAGGGGGUCCCAGAGAUGUCAAAGACGAACAGCAUUGCCAAACAUGACCCAAAUGCCACUGACACCCUGGUAUCAACCACAACAAUGAGGAAGCUCAGAGGGCCAGACCACCAGGUGAUGCAUCUUCAGCACAAGGGUAUUUUGAAAUCCAGCUACAUUGAGCCAUAUCUGUCACCACAGAAGGGAGAGGUUUAAUGUUUAAUGUAAAAACAAAAUCGAGAGUAGCAUUUGCAUUUACACAUAAAGCAUCCACA